CGUGCUCAGUGUGGCUCUGGCAGGUGAGGAGGACGGACGCACACCUGCCUCUCUCUUGCCUCAUACACGCGGACGGACUCUCACCAUCACACCUCCUCUCACCAUCCACUCACCAUCAACUCUGGAAAGGUCGGAGGCGAGGCGAGGGCACAGACUGAUAACUUAGAGACACACAGGGGAGGAGAGAAGAAGACGGGUUAGGGAGGCAGAGUGUUAACCUAGAUUUUAAGUUGGUAGAGUGCGUGAGUCUCUGAGCGGCCCUUGUAGUGGUGGUGGUGGUGGCGAUGGUGAUGAGGUGAUGGUGACGGUGGUGAUCCCGUGUUUGUACGUUACUGCCUUUGACGUGGAGAGCGUUGUGUGCGUUUCACGAGAAUAUGUGCGUGUGUGUGCACCGUCGCUCCAUGUGCACUGCGAGAUAGACGCGCCGGUGAUCAAUUUCAAGGGAACGAGAAAGAAAAAGUACGGCAAAUAUUAAGACGCCGCGGCCCCGCAAAAGACUUACAUCGUGUGUGCGCCGUGACAAACGCACAUAUACCAUUCACAAUUCAGCGUGUGCACACCAUCUUUGCGUGUGCACCUUGUACCUGCUACUCCAUCCUCUCACUCUCACGGCUCCCCCCGUUGUGUGCACGCGGGGCUGAAUGCCAUGUGCACUGACACCCAGACGCACACAUAGAUAUGCGACUCCCCGUGCACUCUGUAACAGCGUUGGCGGUAUUCGCCUGUGCCGGAUGGGCGCCGCUGGGCUUGGCGCGCCACCCCGCCACGCCUGCCACCCGCCGCGACGCCUCCAAAAGACACCUUGUCCCGCCACCUCCCGCCCCAGCUCAGGCCCUCGCCAAGGUGCCCCAUAACAAGGAGGGCGCCGCCUCCACCACGCCCGCCGCCACUACUCUAACGGAUGACGUCACAACCGCCACAGAAGACAUAACAAGUGCCUCUACAUCCCCGCCAGAUGACGUCGCGUCACCCACCGUCACCUUAACUAGUCACGUGACGGCGCCCACCUCCCACAUCGAUAUCGUCACUGACACAACUACAGAUGAUAUCUUGUAUACCACUACAGCGCUCCCAAGUGACGUCACGGAUCCCAUAGAUUCCGCAGAGACCGUCACAACCACCACUAAUGAUGUCACGACCACCACCUCUGCCACCAUCACCACCACCAGUAUCAGUGACAUCGCCGUCCACACACCGCCCAGCAACGCCCUCACGUCCACUGGUGGUGGAGAUGGUGGUGGCGAUGGUGGUGGUUUAGGAGCUUUUGCGGGCAUAGUAGGUGACGAGGAACUGGAGUGGGACGACGAGGAGGACGACAGGCAACUGUACGAGGCGGUGGUGACGAGUAUGGCUCAGUGGCACCUUCGCCGCCUGGCUAGGGAGAGACAAGGGCACCGUCAGAAGAGAGACGAGGAGAUGGUUUGUUACUUCGAACUCGGCUGCUUCACGGACGAUGGACCCUUUGACUACCUGGACCUGCUACCCUCCCCGCCCGACGAGAUCAACACCCGCUUCCUGCUGUACACGCGGGAAAGAGACAAGGAGACGGUGCUCAAACCUUUUAACAUCUCCAGCAUCCUCGACACUCACUUCAACGUGUCCAGACCCACCAAAUUGCUUAUCCACGGCUUCGGCUCCUCCUGCUACAGCGUGUGGAUCAAGGAGAUGCGCAUUGCUCUACUGACGGUGAUGGACGUAAACAUCAUUUGUGUCAACUGGCAGAAGGGCGCCGAGCUUCCUAACUACGUGCGCGCCGCUAGCAACACGCGGGUCGUCGGCAGGCAGGUGGCGCUAUUCCUGGAGAGACUCACUGCCUUCCUCAACACAUCCUUAGACGACUUCCACCUGAUCGGGUUCUCCUUGGGUGCCCACGUCUCUGGUCACGCCGGCGCCACUCUCAAGAAUCUCUCCAGAAUAUCAGGUCUCGAUCCAGCGGGCCCCCUCUUCGAAUCCUUCUCCCCUUCCGUGCGUCUGGAUCACACGGACGCGCGUUUCGUCGACGUGAUCCACACCAACGCCGACUCGCUCCUCAUGGGUGGCCUGGGCGCCUUCGAACCCAUGGGACACGUGGACUUUUACCCAAACGGCGGCAGGAUGCAGAAGGGAUGCGACAACCUCUUCAUCGGCGGCGUGUCCGAUAUUCUCUGGCCCACGGAGGGGGGCGGGCGCUACCUGUGCAAUCACCGGCGGGGCUACAAGUACUACCUGAACUCUGUGGUGCCCAAGUGUCGCUUCCCGGCCUUCGUGUGUCGGGACUACGAUACCUUCCUGCAGGGCGACUGUUUCCCCUGCAAGUCCUGCGGCGACAUGGGCUACUUCGCGAACCAGGCGGAGGGGCGCGGCCAGCUCUACCUCGUCACUAUGGACAUGGAGCCUUUCUGCGCCAACCAGUACAAAGUGACGGUGAAACACUCCGGGGGGCCGCCAGCUGAGCCCGUCACCACCUACGGCCGCCUCGACAUCACCUUCAUAGCGGCAGACGGCCUCAACGAAACUCUCCGCGUGACGCAGAGUGAGGACACGGCCAUGGAGGCUGGAGGCGCCACAGUCCGCAUCGUGGUGCCACAUCCCAACCUGACAGACAUCCGCGCCGUGCAGCUGCGAUACACGGCCUACCCUGGCUGGAUAUACUCGGGUUUCCAGCGCUGGGCCAUCGACGGGCUCUCCCUUAUGGACAGCUUCGGCACCAUGAUGUCCUUCUGUCACCGCGGCACCACCCUAGUGUCCGGCAAGGCGAUGCAUCUGUCUCUCCUUCCUGGCGAGUGUGACACCUCUGCAGAGCCUGCCCCCAAGCCCCCCACCAAGAUACCCCCUGCAGCCCCAGCCCCCACACCUGUGUCAGGCAGCCGCCCCCCACUGCAGCCCCAGCAGCAGCCCUUCCCACAAACCCCUCUCAAGGAGGGUGAGAAUGAGGUGAUGACACCGCUAGGUGUCAAUCUCAGCCACCACCAGCCCAUACCAUCACCAGUGCUUCUGCCCGGCAAGCCCCACGCCAUUCUCACACCCCUGCACACCCAUCCAGUGCAUCCAGGGGUACAGCACACCCAUGAGGCACCUAGAAAAGACCUCACUCCCCAGCCCAGCCACCCCAAGACUUCUCCAGGACACCAUAUCAACCCAGCACCUCCCCAGCAUCCCCCUAGUGGCAGUCCUCAUGGCCCUCGCCACCCCAGUUACUAUCCCACCAAUUUGGCACCUAACCUUCCCAACUCUCCCUUCAGCAGCCAUUCCCCGAAUCUCAUCUCCAGUCACUUCCUAGUCACAUCUUAUAAUGGACACCCCUCUCGAGAGCCUUUCGGCAGCCGUCCUCCUGCUGUGAGUGUGGUGCCGGGGAAGGGAUGGGUUGCAGUCACAAGAGGUGAGCCAGUCAACAUCAUCCCUGCCCCCGAUCUGGGCCCUGGACACAACCUCCCCAUCCCCCUGUAAGCACAACACCCCACCCACUGCUCUGACUACAGUCACUACUCCUGCCACCCUUCCUCUGCUCCACCCACCACCGCCAGAACCACCACAAUAUCAAACUCAAAUAUUCCAGAUGCAACAACUAUUUUUACUACUACAACUGUUUCCACUAGUACUUUUACUGGCAACAAGACUGAUGGUAAUAGUUCUACUCCUCUCAUCACCAUGCCCAUAUCUACCACCACACCCCUGCCAGUAAAUGCCAGCACCACUUCAAUCUCAAUAGUUUCCACCAACACCACCCUCGCUGAAUCCACCACUAAGGAGCUUACCACCACCAUUACUACCACUACUACCACUGCUACUCCCAUCCCAGAACCUGCAGUGAGUUUAGAGAGGGUGUUUGUUAGCAUUGAAGUGCCCCCCAGCAGGAGUGACAAUGGACAUGGAGUCGAACACAUGCUAGGACUUCAGGCUGUUCCUCCCUCCCUAACCCAUCCUGGCAAAUCUUCCCAUGCACAUCCUCAAACACACCCCAACCUCACGCCAAUUCUGUACACCAACAGCCUUAUUGAUGGGGAUGUUCCAGAGAGAGAGAGAGCACGAGCCCUUACCCUCACCUUCCCUAGGGCUCAGUCUCUUCCUCAUCCCAUCCCACAAUUCCGUGCUCCAGGUCCAGUCUAUGUUACUGGUGCAUGGGUGAGAAAAGGACAAAACCCUCCAUCACGUCAGCCUCCAAUCCCCAGGUCCCAACAUCUCCCAGCCCAGCGACCCCUUCACAGCCAAGGUCCACAACAUCAUCCUAAUGUAGAUCACCAGCCUCAGCCUUCCCCACCACCAGGGCUUCAGACACAGUCACUACCAGUUCAAGGUCCCCGCCCUGAGACAUCUCCACGUCCACAGUUCCUCUCAGGCCCAAGACACCAGCCUCAGCCUCAGCCCCCAUCACCCAAACAGCCUCAGCACCCUUUAUCACCUGCCCCAAGCCCAAUGGCCCAGCCAGAUCAAGAGUCCCAACUACAACUAAAUGCAGAGUCUCUUAACCAAGCACUCUCUGACCAAGCCUCACAACCCUCACCACUUUCUUCAAGUGUCCAUUCACAGAUGGCACCACCACCGCCACCACCACCACCACCACCACCAAUCCCCAUCACCAUCACCAUCACCAUCAGUCUCAGGCCUCAUACCAUGCCAUCCGUAAGUCCUCAAUCUCAGUCUCAGCCACCUGCAAGUCCUCAGCCUCCACCUCUCCAUCCACCACUCCUAGGCCCACAGCCACAGCCACCAUCAGGCCUCCAGCCUCAAACUAAGCCACAGUCCCAAACCCAGUCCAAGUUACAGUCCCAAUCCAAGUUGCAGGCCCAGCCCCAAGUUCAUACCCAGGAUCAAUCCCAACUCCAAUCCCAGUCUGAGUUCCAUGUUCAGCCCCAGACCCAGAGCCAGUCUCAAGCCCAGUCCAAAGUCCGACUGCAGCCUCAGUCUAAAGUUCAGCCCCAGUCCAAAAUUCGGGUGCAGCCCCAGUCCAAGAUUCAGUCUCAGUCACAGUCUUUACCACAGCCUCAGGUGCAAUCCCAUCCACAACACCUACCUCAGUCUCCACCACCUGCCAUCCAGUCUGCACCAGCUCCAAGUUCCCGACAGCAGUCUGCCCCGAGUCCUCAGUCACAGCCACCCUCACGUGUGGGUUCCCAGAGGCACCUCCGUCAUGGGACACUUUUCUUCACCCAGUCACUGCAGGCACCAGGUCGCCAGACACACCCACAUUCCAGUUCACAUGUUGCACCCGGUUCUGCAGCUACCACUCCAUCUCAGAAGACUCCACACCCACAGUCCCAACCACGCCCAAACUCAAGGCCUCAGUCCUCACCCUCCACCCCUGCCCCACCCUCACAGUCCCUGCAUGUUCCUGCCAGCUCUCAGUGUGCUGAUUGUCCCACACACAGGGAAGACUCUAACUCUGGCUCCUUGCCAGGGUGGCUGCCACCCCCACCCCCACUUCCACCUCCACCGCCAUCCCAACCUCGGACACGCAGCUUCUCCCCUCAGACCAUUGUGGGUCGAGGCUGGGCACCACAACCCAGUUUGCAGUCCCAUCGCUGGGUACGGCAACACCCUCGACCUGAUGCUGUAGCCUCUCCCAGCAUCCUGGAAGUGCAUCUCUCUGCUCCUAACCCACCACUUAACAGUCCCCAACAUAAGCAGCCACAGCAGCAGCAGGGAGGCUCAGAAAUCCAGGAGCAUUCUGAAAGGCCCCAGGGGGAAGAAGAUCCACAGCAUGUCAUGGACAGCCAGUCCACUCCUCUCUAUGUGCAGCUGCUACCACCCACCUUCAGGCAGCUGCCUCGCCUUGAGUCACGGCAACAGCAGCUUGACACCCCACCCAGGCAGCGUGCUGGACGGGGUGGCUGGGGAAGGAGUCUGUCUGUGCCAGGUCCUGGGACUCAUGUUGGAAUGUUCACACCAGUGAUGAUGCGUCUGCAUGACCAUCCUAAGGCACGUUACAUUCCCCUCAGACCCCAGCGCCGCCAUCCUCUCCUGUCUUAAUCCUUUCUGUGUAUCACCUUAUUUAUUGAUCUUCAAAACCGCACGUGUGUGUGUGUGUGUGUGUGUGUGCGAAAAAGAGAGAGAGAGAGGAGUGUGGAAGAAUAUUGUCAACAGUUGGUAAGGCAAGCCCUAUGUGACUCAUCUUCAUCUUGUUAUUUAUUGUUCUUGCUUAUGGCUACCACUGAUGUAAUUUAUAAUUAUUGUUCAUCUUUGAUAUAUAUAAUUUAUAUGUUGUACCCCCUGCGAUAGUCUAUUUAGGUUGUUGCUGUUGUUGUCAUUAUAUUUGUUUGUUGUAGAUGCAUCGUUAUUUAUUAUCAUCACUAAGGUAGUCGUGGUGGUGGGAGGGGCAGCAGGUCUUGUCAUCCCCACCUCCUCCCUAGCCCUGCUGCUCUCGCCAGGGGAGUCACGUGAUAGUAGAUGUAAUGUAUUUAAUUCAGCAGGACUUUAGCUUCACUAAGGAGCAGCAGCAUCCAGUGUUGCAGAAGACUAAAGUUAAAUAAACAUGGUUUAAUGAAAA